AUGGCGGUCAUCAAUCCGGCCCCGCUGGACUGGAGCUCCGAGUUCCUCAGUCUCUUCCUGACCCUCCGUCAGCUUUACAUGCCAGCCGAUGAACAUGAGCUUUACUUCGACUGGACCUAUGGAUGGACCGGCCUAGCAACAUCCAUCCAUGAUCUCCUCGACCCAGGGAGCUUCCUGGCCGCUAGUCACCCGCGGCUUCAUGAGGUACUCACACGACGCUACUCGGCCAGCAUGGCGUCCAGACCGGGGCAGGAGGUCUCCAAAUGUAGUCACUUGGCUGGUGGUGUGAACCGAACAGACAGCCUUGAGUACCAGUACCAGAUACAUCUUCAACCGCAGUCAGUAAUUGAGUAUGGUGGACAGAUGGAGGCGGCUGCUACGUACCAUGCCAAUCUGUGCUCAACACUGUUGACUGACUUUAUGGUCCGUGGCAUCAUCGGUAUCGGAACGUUUGGGGUGGUCUUCCUAGCACAUAAGCGUGGGUAUCCAGUACCCCAUGGCCCAAUCUCCAACCAACUUUAUGCGAUCAAGGUGGAGCCUCUGUUCACCAUCAAUACCUGUGUGAACCCUCUCCUGGAUGGGUCGGCCCGGAGCCCGCACGUGGCUCCUCUAUACGAUGCGCAGCUGGAAACGCUCCGCUACCUCCCGAUUGAGGCCUUGGUUCUGCUUCUGGUGGACGGUUGCGACAAGUUCCCGUCGCUGGACUCGGUGUACUCGCACCAGUUUUUCAGUGCGACGGUGAUGGAAGCCCAGGUCGACCAGGAGGCCCAGAAUCGGCCUUAUCACGAGAAUGCCUCGGUAUGGGACUGGCUGAGGCCGGAGAAUAGGUUCCAUGCCUUCAAUGGGGCCAAGCUUCUCAAUCGCAAGAAAACCAGCCUCGCCGAGAUCCAGGCUUGCAAGGUGUCAUCUCACCUAUUCGAAGCUACGGCCUAUCUGCAAGACAUGCGCCUGUGCAACACCGACAUCUCCCAUAAUAACUACCUGGUCGACGAACAGCUGAAUGCUAAGAUGAUAGAUCUGGGGCUACUUCAUUUCGGCCUGAGGGACGCAGACUUCUGGCAGGAGACUGCCACUUACAUUCCCUUCUAUGAGAAGUUCAUGACUCCCGAGCUGGCCCUGGAAUCCACCAAGAGUCACUGGGCCAGGGAGAGUGUGCACAGCCCAGGUUGGCCCACCCGGGUCGAUUUGCCACACGACGUCCGCCGACUUACCCGCUGGCAGCUGGCCGCCAUCACCUACGAGCUGCUCCACGGGUUUGUCCCCUGGGAGGAGAAAGAGUGGGACGAAAGGAUCGGAGGGAUCGUCAACUAUCUGGACGGUGCGGAGCCAUUCCUGCGAAUGCGGAAGGUCCAAGAGCGACGCAGCAGAAUCAUCAACAAGGAUCUCCCGAUUGAUGAAAACCUGUCCCAGGAUUGCGUGGAUGCGCUGCGGAUGAUGUUUGUAAAGGACCCGCAACAGCGACCGACCCUCGAGGAGAUGGCGUCGUUCACUUGGUUCGGUCAGUGGAGCUAUCAUAGCGCUGAAGAGUUUCGGCGGCCGUCAGAUAGAUAG